AUGUCUCGUCAACUUCUAGCAGUUGCCUACGCUGCAGUGCUAGCCUUCGGCUCACCUGUUCCAGACCCUGAUCCACAGAUCUCUCUGCCACCUUUGAUUCCUUCAAUCCCAGGCGUCACUGAGCCUUUGGCAUCCAACGCUCCACCGCUGCCAAUCUUGCAGAUUCCUACUCCACCUUUGCCCUCGCCACCAUUCAUUGGUAGCAACAUCAAGCCUAAGAAGAUCGGAUACUUCUGGACAGGAGCUGGUGACAACCAGCAUGCCGACUUCCUCGCAACUUACAGUCUCGAUGAUGAUACUUUCGGUCAAUUCAUCUGGUUGACUGAUGUCCCCAGCAGCGGCAACUCCCCGCAUCAUCUUGGCCCCAGUGCCGACGGAAAGACUCUUGUUGGAGGUGGCCUUCUCUCCCUGCUCAAGACUCAGGAUACCGCAUACUACUUCGAUGUCUCCAACCCAUAUAGACCGAAGUUCAAGAAGAGUAACAGAGCUCUUCUUUCUUCCAUCACUGAUGAGAUCCGAGCCAAGCCUGAUGGCGGUUUCCUCAUCACCUACAUGGGCUCAGCAGUCGGAACAUCUCCAGGCCGUCUCGUCGAAACUGAUGCCAACUUCAACAUCAUCGCCGAGCACCCCAAGGACGUCUCUGGUCUGACCAACAUCCUGGGCCAGCAGUUCUCACCUCACGGCCUCAGCGUUGACUGGGAGAAGAACAUCAUUCUCACUUCCGACUUCGUUGUUCCUGUCACGAUCUUGAAGCCUUCGCUUGGCAUAGUGAGAGCAAACACUCUCCGUCUCUGGAACCUUGCUUCCCGUACAAUCAUCAGCACCAUCACAAUCCCAGACGGUGGUGGAAUCCAAGACGUGAAGUUCAUCCCCGGCAAUAAGGAAUCAGCUGCUCUUGCAACCGCAGUGCACCUCGGCCAAGUCUGGAUCAUCUACCCAUUCCGCACCGACUCAAACGGCAAACAAGGUGUUGCUGAGCUCCUGUAUGAUCUUGGUCCAACAGCCCGUGACACCGUCGCAAUCUACUCCGACAUCACUCAAGAUGGCAAAUUCGCCUACUUCACCCUCACCACUGCAAACCACAUUGCCGCGCUUGACAUCUCCGACCUCAACAAUGUCAAGCGUCUCGAUGACCCUGCUACCGUCCAGCCCACCAUCGGCCCUCACUACAUCAAGGUCACCCCCGACCAAAAACACAUCGUUGUCACGGAUUACUUCGUGCAGACUGGCGACAUUGGUCUCAUCAACACCCCUGCUGAUUACAAGGCGCUCUACAUUGAUAUCAAUCCAAACGGAAGUUUGAGCUUCAACCGCACGAUUGAUUUCACCAGGGAGUUUGCCAACCGUGGUGGUGCAAAGCCGCAUUCCAGUGUGGUGUUUGAUUUGACAGACCCUGCAAAUCCUAAGUACUACUAGAUUGAGAGGGAAAUCAAGUAUGGAGGAUUGACUAGAGGUAAGUGCUUGGGAAUGGUAGUGGCAGUGUGAGAUACCUGACUGGAGUGGAAACUGAAAGAGAUGGUGUUUUUUUUUUUGGUUCAUAGCUGGAAUUAUUUAAUUCUCAACAAAGAAAAUCAGGCC